UUUUUUUUUGUGUUAGUUGUUACGUAUUGAACCACUCCAUUUAUAACAUUCACUCCGAUACUCCAGUCGAUACUGGAUUUGUACAUAUCCGUUAAUUAACUUCGUUAACUAAUAAUAUAAUUAGUCACGAAGAACUAUCGCCAAGCAUUUAUAUUUUAUUCGGAUCAAACAUGACGUCUCGUGGUUAUAUUACUGUUGGUGAAGGGUCGUCUUGGCGAUCUUCAGGUUUGCCAGCCAAACUGUUGAUGUCGAUGAUGAUGAUGAUACCGAUGCUGUCUCCUUACACUUCAGCCACUAUUCAAAUGAUCGGCUUCUCACCUGCUGAUGGUUUCACUAUUGGAGCACCAAAUGCAAUGAACAUUUUAUGUUCAUACGCAACGACGAAUUUCAUUUCGUUCCGCCUUAUGCAAAACAACAAUUCCGUUGUAGAGAUGCAAUACAACCAAAUAUCUGAGCGCUUUGAAACUACAAAGAACGAGAAAGAUUUCAGAUGUACUUUAACCCGAUCUCCAUUAAAUUCUGGUAUGGUUAGUUGUAAAAAAUGGAACCUCACUUGCAAGGAUGUGGCAUCAUACAGAUGUCUUUUAUCAGACACAGAUAUUUCCAAUCCAGAGCUUCUGAAAGUGAAAUCUUCUAUUAAGAGCCUGGCACUUGCCGAGAAUGACUUUCGAAUGAGCAGGACAGCUACAUUCAAAUGCACUGCAUAUGCUGCAUUGCCUUUUCCUGAGGAAAUCGUCUUUCAGUGGACAGUAACAAACAGUAGAAAGGAAGUUGUGAAUGAAGACAGAGUGAAAGUUUGGGGUUCUGACAAAUGUUAUACUGAAGUAACUUCAUCCUAUAAAUACGCUGUGCGAUUUGAUAGCUUUGCGUCCCCUUCAAUUAUUUCUUGUACAGUAUUUAACCAGACACGUACUAAUGACGUCAACCCGCCUAUGCCAAAGGAAUCUGUUGAUGCUUCAGCCGGUCUACAGUACCGCAAAUGGGUUUUGGUUGUUAAUCUCAUUCUUCUACUUCUGACUGUUUCAAUUUCUUGCUAGCAUCAACUCGUUUUGCACAAAGUUAACAAUGAAGAUUCCGUUUUAUGUUAACUGAAUUUAGUAUCGACCAACGAUUUAUCCAUGGUCCAUCUCCAGUACAAGAUUCUACAAGAUCUAUAUUAAUUUUUUAUUACUAAUCUUACUUCUUAAUUUUAAUUUAUGUAAGUCAGUAACUGUAGUAAAACUAACACUAUUAACAAUCACACAUUUAAUUUACUGUAAUAUAUACACAAAAUCAAAUCUGAAUAUAUUUACAGUUUCAUAAGUUUAAAGCAAUCAUUUGUUUAAUUAAGAAAAGGGUUAGAAGUAAAAUUAUUUAGGAACUACAUCAAAACUAUUUUGAUUUAAAGGUUAAACGUUAUUCUUAUAUGAAAUAUAUUCAAUAUGUAAGAAUCCGUAUAUAAUAUAAAUAAAUGCAGUUGAAAAUCAGUCUGUCUUUUGGAGAUUUACUUAAGGAAGAUGGCUACAGAGGGCAAGUUCUUUAAAUUUACGCUUGACCAUUAGUUUUAAUAAUAUUAACUAUUCCUAUAAUCACCGUUGUAUUCUAUACUGAAUCGAUUCAAAAGCGAACGUCAUUUGUAUAAACGAUCAGUUUGCGGAGAGAUAAUUUUCAUAUACAGAACCAUGAAGUAGAUUGUCCUGAUAUGUUUCACAGAUUGUUCAGUUUUUUUUUCUGCUAACUACAAGAGAACUUGUAUUCAAUCGCUAUUUAAAUAAAACAAAAACUGGAACUUUGCUUUAA